AUGCUAACCUGCUUUCUACAAAUAUGCUUCAAGUUUAUCUCUUUUUGUUUUGUUUAUGUACUUGCGGGUUCGAAGCAAAAAAAAUGCCUAACAUAAUUAUUAUGCUGAUGGAUGAUAUGGGUUGGGGUGAUCUUGGCAGUUUUGGUCACCCGAGUAAGGAGACUCCAAACUUGGAUGGCAUGGCUGCAGAGGGCACCCUAUUGACAGAUUUUUAUACAGCCAACCCUCUUUGUUCCCCUUCUCGAGCAGCCCUAUUGACCGGACGGUUGCCGAUUCGAAAUGGUUUUUAUACUACUAAUGAACAUGCUCGUAAUGCUUAUACUCCUCAAGAUAUUGUUGGUGGGAUAACAUCAGAAAUUCUACUUCCACAACUUUUAAAAAAAGCUGGAUACUACAACAAAAUAGUAGGCAAAUGGCACCUUGGCCAUCAGCCAAAAUUCCUACCUUUACAGCAUGGAUUUGAUGAAUGGUUUGGCUCCACAAACUGCCAUUUUGGGCCUUAUAAGAAAUCUCCUCCAAACAUACCAGUUUUUAGAAAUAAUGAAAUGAUAGGAAGGUAUUAUCAGGAUUUUAAAAUUGAUCAAAGUACUGGUGAAUCAAACUUUACACAACUAUUGAUAGAGGAAGCAGUAGAUUUUAUUGAAAAAGCAAGUAAUGGAACCAAACCAUUCUUUUUGUAUUGGACUCCUGAUUCUACUCAUGCUCCUUGUUAUGCUUCUAAAAAGUUCUUGGGAUCAAGUAAAAGGGGAUUGUAUGGAGAUGCUGUCAGAGAGUUAGAUUAUGGAGUAUCGAGAAUUCUAUCUACUUUAUAUAAAUUGAAGAUUGAAAAGGACACUUUUGUUUUCUUCACAUCUGACAAUGGUGCUGCACUUGUUAGCAAAACUGAGGCUGGUUGCAACGGACCUUUUCUUUGUGGCAAACAAACGACUUUUGAAGGUGGAAUGAGAGAACCUGCUAUUGCGUGGUGGCCUGGGGUUAUUCCUGCUGGAAAGAUAUCAUAUCAAGUAAGUUCAGUAACGGAUUUGUUUACCACUGCUUUGAAUCUGGCUUCAGCUGAUGUUCCGAAUGACAGAGUUAUUGAUGGCAUAAAUUUGAUGAAUUUCUUGCAAACCGGUACUACAAUUGAUAGGCCUAUGUUUUACUAUCGAGGUAACCAGUUAAUGGCUGUUAGAUAUGGUCAGUAUAAAGCCCAUUAUUGGUGUUGGACUAACUCCUUCGCAGAAUUCAAUCAAGGUAUUGACUUUUGUCCAGGCAUUGAUAUAACAAAUGUAACCAGUCAUGUACUAUUAGAUCAUACUUUGGAGCCAGUUCUUUUCCAUCUAGGAAGAGAUCCAGGAGAAAAAUUUCCUAUCAGUUCUUCAUAUAAUGAAUACAAAAAAGCAGUUUCAGUUAUUAUGAAUGAGGUCAAGAAACACAACAGCAAUCUCAUUAAAGGAGAACCUCAGUUGAAUAUGUGUGAUGACCAUGUUAUGCAUUGGUCACCGCCUGGUUGCGGAAAACUGAAUGAUUGCUUGACGCCACCAAAAUCCAAUCCACACAAAUGUGAUUGGCCACACUAGCACAGAAGAUACUAUUAUGAAACAAAAAAAAGAAAAACCUAUUUUUAGGUAAAUAUGCUCAUAUACUUAAAUUUUAAAUUUUUAAUGUUAAUUGCGGAGACAAAUUCCGAAAAUAAAUAAUGUGCUGGGACCAUCAAGUUAAUGAAUUUAUAAAGUCAAUUGUUUUGUUGUACUUUAAAAGUAACUGUAUCAAUAUUUGAAUAAAUAUUUAAAACAUCAUGUUCUUUUCAGACCAUUAAAUUAAUGAAUUUAUAAAUUCAAUUGUUUUGUUGUACGUUAUAAGUAAUUAUAUUAGGAUUUUAAUAAAUAUUUAAAUCACCAUCAUGUUCUUUUUCAGACCAUCAAAUUAAUGAAUUUAUAAAUUCAACUGUUUUGUUGUAUGUUAAAAGUAUUUUAAUAAA